GACAAUGUUUUAACAGAAAGAUGAUACAAUUGAAUAUGAAUACAUUUUAAUAUGAGUAUCCUCUUCAUAAAGGUUUUCAAGCACCCUAACUACAACGGCUUCACCAUCAACAACGACAUCCUCCUGAUCAAGCUGGCCACCCCCGCUCAGCUCAACACUCAUGUGUCUCCCGUGUGUCUUGCUGAAACCUCCGACAACUUCCCUGGAGGCAUGAAGUGUGUGACCUCUGGAUGGGGCCUGACCAGGUACAAUGCUCCUGAUACCCCUGCCCUGCUCCAGAAGGCCGCUCUGACUCUGCUGACAAAUGACUGCAAGCGUUAUUGGGGAACCAAGAUUACCGAUCUGAAGAUCUGUGCUGGAGCCUCUGGUGCUUCUUCUCGCAUGGGUGACUCUGGUGGUCCUCUGGUCUGUCAGAAGGAUGGAGUUUGGACUCUGGUUGGUACCGUGUCCUGGGGAAGCAGCAUCUGCUUGUAA